AUGGGCUGGCCGGAUGAGCCGUCGUACCAUCCCCUCCGGAGCGCCGGCGUCUUUGGCUUCCUUGGCCGGGUAGGCGAUUCCUUUUUGGCUGGUUUGACGGCCGGAUCAGCCUACUACUUCUUCACGGGCUUCCGCAACUCGCCCAACGGUCGCCUCGCCGGCGGCGCCCGGGCUGUCCGCGCGUACGCGCCCCGCCUCGCCGGCUCGUUCGCAGCCCUCUGGGCUGUCUGGGGCCUCGUCGACACCGCGAUCCUCCUCGCGCGCCGGAACGAGGAGGAUAUCUGGAACACCAUAGCCACCACCGCCGCCACACGGGGCUUCACCCACGCACGCCGGGGCGUCCGGUCAGCCGCCCGGGCCGCGCUCGUCGGCGGCGCCUUUGCCGCGUUCGACGAGGGCGUCUUUAUCGUGAUCGAUGACUCGGUCUUGGUGUCGCCGGCCCCGAAGGUGAAACGUCCACACGUCCGUACUGGGAUCCCGCCGCGCAAGCCGGUUGGGGAGGUUCCUCCUGCUGAGAUCAGACAGGAUUGGCGGUGGCGGCGGCGGCGGCCGUAA